AGAAAAAGUCACCGCCCACAAGCGUCUCCCGUCAUCGCAAGGGCCUUCAAGCACCUCAAGUAGAGCUCUCCGCAACAGGACUUUGUCAACGACCCCGGCAGUCGUCUACAGGAGGACAACGCCUACCAUUCCUAAGACGCCCAGUGCCACAGUACCGACCCCGACAACGACCUUGCCAACCACCACGACCACAACCACAAUCCCUCCUCGCCUUCCCCUGGUUUGCACGGUGAUGAACUAUCCCUCGGGCUUGGCCGACAAUAUAUGCGACCAUCUAUUUUACGACUCGCUCUACCGGGACACUCUGUCGACAUUCAUCGGUAUAACUAAUGGCAUGAAAACGUUCCUGGAAGCUGCCGCCACAAGCAACCUCACCCGCUUCGGAUUCUCCGUUGAAGUGAGCGCACUCAAAACAUUCUCGAGCGAAUUCAAGAGCUCAGAUGGCCAGAAGUAUUGGAAACAGUAUUUGGAGAAGCGAGUUUACGACUGGGGAUUUCUCAAUGUUAACGAGAGACACUUUCAAGACAAUCCUGACGUGCUGAAGGAGGCAUUGACCAUGAUGAAGAAAAUGGACGAGUACCAAAAGCAACAAACCCCGAUCCAGGCUUACAUGAUGUUGGGCGUAUUUUUCAUGCCUACGUUAUGUGACCAAGUUGCGCAAAACUUUAAGUAAGUUUACCGUCUAAGCGCGAAAUCGUUCCAUGCGUAAAUGUCGCUAGCCCUUUGACCUGUCAUUCCUAUUACUAACGUUU